CUCACAUGCCGAACUGAUGAAGCUGAGAACACGCCUCAGCCUUAUUUCGAAUUCGACCCGAAAGGUGAGAGGAGUCUAUGUUUAUGUCAAUAGAACUGGUGUUAAUGGGGAGGCUCGCAUGAUGUUUGACGGAUCAUCAACCAUUGUUGCCAACGGGAAGGUCUUGGAGCAAGGGGCGCAAUUAUCUCUAAAGGAUGUGGUGGAAGUGACGACUGCGACUUUUGACAUUGAAGGAGUUCAGAUUUUCCGAUCCAGUAUUAGCAGAAACAUGGGGUUUCUUUUCCUUCUGUUUUCUCGUUGUCUUAUUCAUCCCCGGGACAACAUACUUCAAUGUUUCAAUACUCUGGGGACAAUGUCAAUUUGAUUAAUUGCUGACGCUCCGCAGUACAAAUCGUAGAUCAACCCGAAUAGGAACGACUCGAAUGCGAAGUUCGGCUAUCUCGUCCCGUAGAUGAGCUUUGCCUUUCCAAGCACCUGGAAAUAUCGAAGGAGAUCGAGAUCAGUAGGUGACGCGAGAGAGAAGUAACGCCAUUAAGAAUGGGCUGAUUGUCCUUCUUGUGCGGGAACAAUGUAAAGUAG